GUAAAACUAACCAAAGGGCAAAGAUCAAAGCAUCCCUCAUCAGACUAACAGACUUUCUCACUUUCUCUCACGACACUCAGUCACUCCUCACUGCUAAAGAAAAAAAAUCUGCCUCCUGCCGGACUGCCGUAGAGGCGUCGACACUCGCUCGCUCGCCGACGCCGAGUCGCCACUCGCCCCACCCCUACUGCUGCUGCUUGGAAGUUGGAAACGCCGCCCGCCGGAGCUCGGAACUGCCGCUGCCGUCGCCGGAUUGGACACUACCUUGAAGUGCGAUUAGCGUGUGAUAGAGAGGCAUUUUAGACAUGAGGGGUGUGCUUAAGCAGCUGAAGUCAACGAAAUUAAUCUCAACUGGCAUUCCAGCUUCUUGUAUUGCUUUCCUGCACUCAUUACCAGAGGCCUCUUCUGAAGUUUGUUCCAAGGAGCAAGAAGUUGUAAUUGCACUAGGGAGCAAUGUAGGAGACAGAUUAGAUAAUUUCAAUCAAGCUCUGCAUCUAAUGAAGAAACUAGGCAUAGAUAUCACAAGACAUGGUUGUUUAUACGAGACAGAUCCUGCUUAUGUGACUGAUCAACCGAAGUUUCUCAACUCUGCAGUGAGAGGCUUUACAAAACUUGGGCCUCAGGAAUUGUUAGGGUCACUGAAGAAAAUUGAGAAGGAUAUGGGUCGAACUAAUGGAAUAAGAUAUGGCCCUAGGCCAAUUGACUUGGACAUACUAUUUUAUGGGAAGUUUAGAGUAAGCUAUGAGAAUCUCAUAGUUCCCCAUGAAAGGAUAUGGGAAAGACCAUUUGUGAUGGCUCCAUUAAUUGAUGUAAUUGGAUCAGAUGUAGAAAAUGACACAAUUGCUGCAUGGCAUUCAUUUUCAAAUUUUUCCGGUGGACUAUUUGAAGCAUGGGAUAAACUUGGUGGAGAUUCCCUCAUUGGGAAAGAUGGCAUGAGCAGGGUUUUGCCAGUGGGAAAUCGGUUGUGGGAUUGGUCUCAUAAAACCUCUGUCAUGGGAAUUUUAAAUUUGACUCCUGAUAGCUUUAGCGAUGGAGGAAAGUUCCAAUAUGUGGAAAAUGCUGUUCCUCAGGUUCAUAAGAUGAUCUCAGAUGGCGCUGAUAUAAUUGACAUUGGGGCACAAUCAACAAGGCCAAUGGCAACUAGGAUAUCGGCUGAGGAAGAGCUAGAAAGACUAAUCCCUGUAUUAGAAGCUGUCAAGGACAUGAUCGAGGAAGAAGGGAAAAUCUUAUCAGUCGACACUUUUAAUUCAAAGGUUGCUUUUGAAGCCGUCAAGAAAGGGGCACACAUUGUGAAUGAUGUUUCUAGUGGAAAACUAGAUCCCGAGAUGUUCAAUGUAGUUGCAGGCCUUAAAGUACCUUAUAUAGCAAUGCACAUGCGAGGAGAUCCGACUUCAAUGCAAACUGCUGAGAACUUGACAUACAAUGAUGUCUGUAAGCAGGUGGCUUUAGAUUUGAGCUCCAGGGUUCAAGAUGCAGAAUUAUCAGGUAUUCCUGCUUGGAGGAUUAUUAUUGAUCCCGGCAUUGGAUUUUCCAAGAAUACAAAGCAGAGUUUGGAAACUCUCAAAGGUUUGAAAAAUCUACGACAGGAGAUAGCAAAGAAGAGUUUGGCUGUGGCUCAUGGUCCUUUGUUAAUUGGACCUUCAAGAAAGAGGUUUUUAGGUGAGAUAUGCAAUCGUCCUGUAGCAACUGACAGAGAUCCAGCGACCAUUGCCUCUAUCACUGCUGGAGUUUUGGGUGGUGCAGACAUUGUAAGAGUGCAUAAUGUUAGGGACAGCCUUGAUGCUGUCAAGUUAUGUGAUGCCAUACUUGAGAAAACGGGAUAAUUGACGAAAGUUAUGAUUCUUUAAAGUUGAUAUUCCAAAUUCUUUUGCCUUGUGCAAUUUAAUCAUUAGUUUGUGGCUUUGAGCUAUGAUCAGUGUGCUUUUCUCAAACAAGUUCUGCAAGAUAUUCCUGACCGACGCAUCAAGAAAGUUGGAUUAGGAGAUAUGCAACAUUGUUGUAUGCCUCAUAUUCCUUGUAUAGUUAUCUGUAUACGAGGAGCUUCUACCAUGAUAAAAAGUACCGGUAACUUGACACGUGAUGAUGUUUGUAAGCAGGUUGCUUCGAAAUUGAGCUCUAGGGUUAUUUAUUGGAAAAUUAUCUAUAGGGUAUUCCUACUUGGAUGAUCACAAUAUUGAUCCUGGCAUUGGAUUAUCCAAGAAUGCGAAGCAGAAAUUAGAAUUCUCAGGGGUUAAUUGACAAGCUGUGACAAGGGAUGGUGAAGAGUCAAUUGUGGCUCAUGGUCUUCUGCUAGUUGUCCUUCAAGAGAUGGUUUUCUGGGCGAGUUCUGCAAUCACCUUGCAGCAACUGCCAAAGAUCCAUCAACUGAGUUAAUAUUGUUAAGAAAACAGCUUGAUGCUGCCAUGUCGUGCUAUAAUUAUAAAAGGGGAUCUCUGAUAUGAUCGGGAACCUUUUCAGUAACUAGAAGGUCCGAUUAUGGCCGGAAAUCGGAAUAGGGGGGGGGGGGGAUAUUGGAUACAAAUUUUCUCUUCUUUCUUUUUAGAUGAAUUCUUUUUUCUCUCAAUUCAAUCACUAGAUGGUCUCAUCCUCCAGUAAUUACAAAGAAUCAUCUUUCUUUUAUGCAUCACAAAUUUGGAAGAAGGGUUUUCUUCCUAUGAAAUGUAAUUGUUGUGUGUUCUAUAGAUUUGUUUUAUAAA